GACGGACGACGGACGACGGCUCCUCGACGCUCGUAGCCUCGCUCCCCCUCCGCUCAAUCUAUUUCCCUCUCCCAAGGAGCAGCGCAGGGCAGCGCAGCGCAGCGCAACUCACCCAGCAAGCAACCCGCCUGAAGCUCUCCACCUCCUGCUCUGUUCCUACCGAGGAAGAACUCCACCCGCUCAAUUUUCAUCAAUGGCCACAAUUUCCGGUGGUAAAGCUGCGGGCCAGCCCAGUAGCAGCGGCGGCAGCAGCAGCAGAGUAGAGCAAGGCAGGAGCGAGCGAGGGGAAGAGGCGGAGGUGGCAGCGGAGGCGUGCCUUCCGGAUGUGGUGGCAGCGACUUCGUCCAAUUCCCAGUCCAACUUGGCGUCAUCGAUCUCGGCCUCGGGCAUCGCUCCUUCUUCUUCCAGCGCCAGCGCCAGCGCCUCCUGCUCUUGCUCCUCCUCUUCUUGCUCCUCCUCGCGACGAGGCUCACUCGACGUCGAUCCGGACCUGGUCUUGGACCUCGACCUGGACCUGGACAUCGACAUCGACAGCAUGAUGGGCCGCAUCCCCGCCCCAAGUCGGCACACCUUUGCCGUACCCAUGAGCGGCGGGCCCGUCUGGCCAGCUACUGCGUCGGCGCCUUCGCAUUCGCACUCGAGCACGACGAGCACCAAGAAAGAGUCCUCCUCCUCCUCGACGACCACGCACUCGGGCGCCGGCCGCCACGAGCAUCGCCACAUGUGGACAGCAGACGAGACGGAGGCCCUUCGCGCCGGCUGCACAAAGCACGGCGUCGGCAACUGGAAGGCUGUCCUGCACGACCCAGAGUUCCACCACCGAUUCAGCCCCGACCGAAACCCUGGCGACUUGAAGGAUCGCUUCCGCACAAAGUUCCCAGAAGCGUACCACGAGCUCUAUCCAAAUGCCAAGACGCACGUCACCCCCGCUGCGGUGCGUGCGAGCGAGCAGGUGGCUGCAGCCGGUGGAGCGGGGGGUGUGGGUGGGGGUCGGGUGACGUUGUUCGAAAAGGGCAAGAAUAAAGAGCGCCGCAACUUUACGCCGGCGGAGGAUGCUGUCCUCAAGCAAGGGUACGCGACGCACGGCGCAAGCUGGACGCUCAUUGCGCGCGACCCCGUCUUUGAAGGGAGGCGCAAGCCUACCGACUUGCGUGAUCGAUUCCGCAAUGCCUUUCCCGACAUGUACGAGCAGGCCGGGUACAAGCCUCGCUCCAAGGGGUGCAAGAGCAAGGAGAGGCGCGCGAGUGGAGCGAGCUCCAAGGGGCAGAACGAUAGGCACGAUCAUGCGGUGCAGCUCAAGGUCAAGAGGGAGAAGGGCGCGACUGCGGGCCAGGGACAGGGGCAGGGAGGGGCUGAGGCGUCGGGCAAUGGCGCGAGCGGCGGCGCGAAUGGGAACCUCAACUCCAUCUCACUUCAACGCCCUGCGCUACAUCGAUCAGGCACGAGCGACCUCACGGCCAGCACCACGAGCUCGUCCUCCGCCUCCGCCUCGGCCUCCGCCUCCGCGUACGGUUCUGCUGCGGAGAGCGACGGGCAAGGGACGUCUUUCUCGCCGUGGUCAUGGCAGGAACGCGGGCAGCAGAUGGACCACGCUCAAGCGCAGGCUCAGGCGCAGGCCCAGGCCCAGGCCCAGAUGUUUCGCGAUGGAGGCUACGGUCCCGCCUACGGGUAUGGCGCUGGGUAUGGAUAUGGGUAUGGGUACGGGUACACCUUUGGGAACGGGAAUGGGAGCGCGAGUGGCUAUGCUGGGCAGGGCGGAAGUGCUAGCGAUGCAGGGAGCGACUACAACAAUCAUGGCGCAAGCGGCGCAAGCCAUGCCAAGAGCGUGAGCGCGAGUGCCGGUGAGCAGGACGAGGGGAGGAGCUCCUACUUUCAGCAGCAGGCGCAGCCGCAGCAGCAGCAGCAUCAGCAGGUCGACCCACUGCGUCGCACUCAAUCUCUCAAACGCUCGCGACCCCAACCACAAUCGGGCAUCGAGGCCGCCGCGCAUACCCACUAUGGCGUCCCACCGCCGCUUCCCCACCCUUGGGCGCUCGGCCUCAACACCUCGACCUCAACGGACGGACGCGUUUCUGCUCCUCCAGGGUUCAGCCACAGCCACGCCACCUUCCAAGAUGGGGACGCACGAUACGCGCAGCGACAGGGACAGGGGCAAGGCUUCCCCGCUCCCGUUGCAGGCGGAUCUUCCUCGAUGAGCCUUCCACCCUCGCACUCGCAGGGUGCACCAGGCGGGUCGGUCGACUUUGAUUCCACGCAAGUGCAGUUGGCCGCAGCCUUUGACGACGAGCAGCUCAGGCAGAUCAACCAGUUGUUACUGGACUACAAUGCCGCGCCGGGGGGACAGCGUGUGGGCACGCAGCCUCAGUCGCAGCCGCAGCCGCAGCCGCAGGGACAAGCGCAGGGACAACAACCACACGGCGACGCAGAGGCUACAGCCGCCGCGAUGGCUGCGCUGAUGGAUAUUGACCCUGCGACGGGGAUAUCUUCUCUCGCCGGGGAAGAACAAGAGGCGCACGACCGAAGCGCAACGCUCGCAGACCUUGCUGCCUUUUCCUCUCCUCCUCCUCCCCCUCCUCAUCAUCUCCACGACGGGGCUGAGUACCACUUUGGCCUCCCCACCGCCAACGGGCACGGGCACGGGCAUGUGCACGCCUUCCAGCCCGCGCACGGCGCAACGUCAUUCCACGACGGUCCUCCCAGCUUCAUCGACCACCAUCAUCCCUCCUCCUCCUCACACUCCUCUCACUCCUCGCAUUCCUCGCACUCUUACUCAGCAUUCGACCGCCUCGCCUCGAUGCACUUCGACACCUUUGGCCCCUAUCGCGACCCUUCGGGUGCCGGGCCCGCCUUGUCCGAGGGAGGGGGGAGCGUUUUCAGCGAUGGGUCGCUCAGCUCGCAUGGCGUGGGGAUGGCCGGAUUUGACUUUGGCGCCGCCAGUGCGAGCGCGAGCAACUCUGCCUCUUCGACUUCUUCGCAUUCCAACCACUCGCAUGGGCAGGAGCAUUCUGGUGAUGAGGCAGGGUACGGUGCAGAGCGCGAUGAGGGAUUGGAUGAGGACGAAGAUGGAUUGCCCCGCACGCAGACUAUUCAGCCUCGCCGCACCGCCGCCGCAGCGCCCCAAGCGCCGCAGCAAGAGCACGCUCUCGCCUUCUCCGGUGAAAAUGGGACUGACGGCGGCGGCGCAGCAUUCGCUUCCCUCUCGCUCGGUCGACGUCGUUCUACCGACACGCUGCGUGAGGACCUCGAAGAGCACGGAGCAGUAGAGGGCCGCGGUGGGAAUGGCGACUACUCGUCCUCCCUCUUCGCCCCGCAACCGCACGGCGGCGACACGCCUCUUGGCGACGACCCUUUCCUGCGUCCCGGCCCGGCAAUGGGCAGGGGAGGGGCGACGUUUCCCACCAUCUUCGAGCAGGGGAGCGCGGGGAGCGCCAGUGCAGCGGGAGAUGGAGCAGAGGGGGAGGGAGUCGAGGUGGGAGAGGACGACGGGUAUUGUCGCGACCUUGGCGAGCGGGACGAGCAUGAGGACUCGGACUCUGAUGGUGAUGCGGGCGAGGAGCGGGAGGGCGAAGGGGAAGGGGACGGGUACGACUUUGACUCGGUGGAUAUUUCCACUCUUCUGAGGGGUCGCGCACCACUAGGCCCUUACCAGCAGCCUACAUCGUCGGGACUCUCAUCGGCGCAUUCCCUCGACGAACACGAUCAUGACCAUGACGGCCGCGAGGAUGCCGCGCAGGACGGACAUCACGGUCGUGAGGGAAGCGGGAGUGGGGCUCAUGGAGCUCCUCAACCUCACCUGAGUCCGAGGAGCUGGGCGGAGGUGGGGCCGGAGCUGGACAUGGAUAGUGACGGGGGCGAGAACGAUGAGGAGCAGUGGUAUGCGCGUGAGCGUGGUGCGGACGGCGUGGAAGUGGGCAGUGAUGUAGAUGCCGAGGGGGAUGAGGAUGACGAGCAGCGUGCGUGACGCAGCGUGGGGUGGGGGAGGGACUUUUGUUCAUAUUCUCGACUCGAUUUGCUCCUGUCCCUCUAAUUUUCUCUACUCCU